UAAUGCAAUGAUAACUGGAUCUUAUGAUUUUUUCAACACAAAACAUAUUUACAAAACGUUUUAAAACGAUUGAUAUAUUGGAAUUCCCUGCUAAUAUUGUAAUAGAAGGGGCAAAAAAAUCAAAAAAACUGCAUCACUAUCAUCUAGUUGGCGACGGUGUGCUGCUGGAACCGCCACGACCCUUAUCACCGGUCGCCACCAAUCACAGCAGUCACAGUCAAAGCAGUUAUCACAGUCAACAAAGCGUCCACAGCAAUUCGGUUCAUCAAACAAGCGACAAUCCUCCGCAAAAUUACGAUCCAUACAGUCCCAACCCAAUACAUUCAUCAUCGAUCUCCAGCAACAGUAAUGGCCUAAAUGGCGGUGGCGGUGGCAGUAGUAGUGGUAUUGGCAACCAAAAACAUAAUAAACAUCGUAAAAGCUCAGCGUCAAGCACAUCAAUGGGCAAUGCUAACAACAACAAUAGCAGCAGCAGCAAUAACACUCAUUUUCAACAUCAGAAUAAUUAUGCGACAUCGAACUACACCGGUGAAUCGAAUGAGGCGAAUUGGGAUGGUUUUGCGACACGUAGUCGCACAUCGUCGCCAACACAUGCAAGCGCGUCCGUCGGCAACAGCAACUAUCACAAAUAUGAAAGAUCUAAAAAUCGUACUUCGUAUGAUAUAGACAACAUUGUUAUACCAUAUAGUGUUGCGGCAGCGACACGUGUUGAAAUUUUACAAUACAAGGAAAUACCUACACCCAAAUGGCGUGUUAUUGAAGACGAUCGAACAUCUGCUGUUGGGUCAACGGACACGGCUAAUAUUACGGAUAAUGACGCUACUGCGAAAACUGAUGGCUUUGAGAGGUUACAAAAUGAUUCGAGUGACAUUGUAAAUGAGACAUCAAGUGAUAUAACAACAGCAACAUCCAAUGAAGAUGCUAAGAAAGAAAAAACAGAAAAAGCGUUGUCAGUUGAUAAAACAACAGCAACAACGGCAGAAAAUAGAACAGAGGCAUCUGAAAAACGGGAUGUUACAAAGGAAGCACAGCCAGUAGAUGAAGCAGAUACCUCAAAUGAAAUUGAUGCUCCGAUGGAAGAAACUUCCGAAGUGCUAGAUCAUACCUCAAAUGAAAUUGAUGCUCCGAUGGGAGAAACUUCCAAAGUGCUAGAUCAUAAAAAGAAUAAUGUUUUAUCACAUGAUGUUUCGGCAAAAACUGAAAGUGGAAACAUCAAAGCCGAUGCAACAACAACUGAUGCAGCAUCAUCAGACGAGCCAGCAGCGAAAAAAUUAAAACAUGAGGACGCUUCAUCCACUGUUGCGGCUAAAACAGAUACUGUAGACGAUCCUACUACAGGAGAAUUCGAAGAAAUUCAAACAACAGCUUCUGAGUCAAUUUUGGCUUUGAAGCGUACGGCACGUUUGAAACGCAGUGAUACAUUUCAGGAAGAUAACUUUGAAUAUGAUGCUACUGCUGAUGAAGCUAACGAGACAGAGGAUAUCUCUGAUGAAACCGUUAAGUUACGACAUGAGCGUGCGCUGGUUGAGGAACGUCGAAAAUUCCAAACAUAUUUAAAAUAUCCAUGGAGCACACGUUCGCGCGCCAAUCGGCGCAUUGACAGUCGGGCAGAAUCUAGUGGUGCCAACACUCCCGAUCCCACUUCUCCAGCGCCACAAACCUCCAUUUUAGGUGGAGGUGAUCAUGAGAGUAUUCCAUCGCCUGCACCACCGGCUACACCGCUUAACCCCUUGGACACGGUUACGGAAUUGACCGAGAAUGGUUUAAGUAAUGCUCCAGCAAGCAGCAUUGGCGGCACCUCAAAUUGUGCGAAUAAUAAUGAUUUAAAUAAACGUUUGGAACGCCGUCGCACAACAUCAACUAAAAGAGAUCGCGAAACGGAGCGACGCAGUUCUACGCCAGACCCAAAAGAGCUUGUGCCUCCAUAUGAACCUUUGAAGUUCCCACUUACCGAUGAGGAAUUUGAAGGAUUGCUAAAGGCAAUGCCCGUCGAAUUUCACUAUUUGAAUUUCGACGCAAAAUAUUUAGAAGACUGCAACAACACUGGUGCUGCUGCUGGUGGCACCAAAUAUCCACGGCAUCGAAACAGUUGGCGUGGUGAUGGUUCAGCUGUGGUUAACAGACGCGGAAAAUCAAUACAAAACUGUGAUGUUACAACAAAUAAAAGACAGCGAGUUAAUGGUGGUAAGAUACGCAAAGGUUCCAAAGGUGGCAGGGGAAGGCGACGCGGUAAUCACACACGCGUUAGAUUUAAUAAUGAAGCGGUGAACAAUUGUGUGAAUAGUGGUGGAGCGGACGAAGUUGAGGAAGCGGAUGAUGAUGACGAUGAUGAUGAUGUCGAUUUAAUGAUGUUUUUAGCCGAGGAGGAUGAUGAUUAUGACUAUCCAAAACAUCAUUUGGCUCCCGAUGAUGAUCUCUUUGACGGCGGUGCAGGUAGUGCUGGCUGCGUUGGGCCCUUUAAUGGUGGCGCACGUGACCGAAUGAUGGAUAUAGACGAUGAGUACGAGGCUUAUUUAGGCCGGCGUCAUCGUGAUAGCGAUGCAGACUCCACGGACAGCGAGCCAUUCGCCGACGAUGAUCCGAACGAUCCGGAAUGGCGUGGCGAAAGUGAAGAUCGUGGUGGCGGUGGCGGCAAUGAACGACAACGCCGUACUGUGAGGUAGCGAGAA